GCUUUUUUUUUUCCGGAGCCGCCAUUUUACAGCAGUCGAGGACGACGGCGAUGUCGAUGGAGCGGACGUUAAUGGCCCUGAACCGCAGCUCCACCAGCACCAUGCUGCAGCUCCAGAACCAAUUCUAUUGCCUGGGGCUCUCCCGGGGACCGGCCGCAGCCUCCUCCACCGCCUCCUGGGCCGCGCGGGACGGCUCGCUGCCUCAGAGCCCGGUGGAGACCGAGCCGCCCUGCCCCGACGCCCUGUACAGCAGCACCUACUCGCUGGUCGACGGCUUCCUGCGCGACUACACGGGCGCCGGCGAGCGCUCCGGCUGGCUGUGCUGGAGGCCGCAGCAGAGCGGCGCCGAGCGGCAGGCGGCCGAGACCCUGCAGAGGAUCGGCGGCCGCCUGAUCGAGAAGCACCGGACGGCGUUCACCGGAAUGAUAAAUCGCCUCAACAACUCCAACAGCUGUGACCUCAGUGCCAUCUCCAGGGUGGCGGCGGAAAUGUUCAGCGACGGAGAGGUCAACUGGGGCCGGGUGGUGAGUCUCAUCGCUUUCGGGGCAGUGCUGGGAGACCACCUGAAAAAGACUCACCCAGACAAUUAUGUGGAUGAGAUAGCCACGCGGAUCACACAGUACCUGACCAAGGAGACCAGGGAGUGGCUAGAGACUCACAACAGCUGGGACGGCUUCACAAAGUUCUUCCACGAAAGUAACGGUGAAGAGAGUGCCAAGAAAGCAUUGAUGUGGAUCGCAGGAGUUGGCAUUGCAGGGGCGAGUAUCAUGCAUCUCCUAAGGUGAACUCUGAUCUCAUCCUGUCCUCUCGCAUCUGACCUGAAGCACACGGUGUUGCUCUUCGCUCGGCUGUGCUCUCCGCAUCAUCAUACCCCCUCCUCCCCAUUUUCCACCCAGGCGUACGCAGUUCAGGAGGCAGGUUAUUGUACCCAGAAGAUGCGCGUAAAUGGGGGUGUGGUGUCUGCCGGAACUGGCCCUGUACUGAGUUUGGGAAGGGGGGCUGUGGUUUUGGUGUACCCAUGCCCUCCCUCCCACCACGUGUGUGUGGAACCAGAAGGUUCGAGAGUGUUAUCAAUUUGCCGACUUUUGCUGAGACUGAGCUUGGGGGAGAGAGCGAUCAAGAGCCCUGCCUCGUCCAUUUUUCUGCACACUGUGGAACUUUCAAAGCUCAAGACUUUUAUCCAGGCAGUGUUUGGAUAGUGAAACUCAUGAACUAUUGUCACAGUAACCAGGCUCACAUGAACAUCAGUACCUGGUCGGAUACUAAACUGAAAAGAACUCCGCUCCAGCAUUAAGUGUGAAUUGUCUGUCUCUCUCCUCUCUCUCUCUAUUUUACUCCCUCUCCCCUGUCCUUUGCCCAAAGUCCUUAAAGGAGAGAUGCAGGUGGGGAAGGUGAAAUGGUGAGAGAGCAGGAUUGCUGUAGUUAUGUGAUCAGCAGGUGGAAAGGGGGGGGGUGAUGGGGGGAAAUAAUUUUAAAAAUGUACAUUUUUACAGUACAUUGUCCCUGUCCUUGUUUAAUCUGGGGUAUUGACAGUACUUUAAAUAACAACAUUAUUUGACUUGAAUUAAUAAAUGUUCUGUAUAUUGUUUAAUCAGGCAACGUUAUAAAUUUUAACAUCUGAAGACAGGGUGGUGGGGGGGGGAUGUUUUGUGGUGAAUAGGGACAACGGGUUUCUUUAGGAAAAAGAAUUUGCACCCAUGGUCUUGGUUUUGGCUAGUUCCUCGAAGGGUGAGUGUACGCAGCAUUAAGGCACAACUGUCAGUUCUACAGUGUCUGGAGCUUCCAGAGGUGUCCUUGGUGCACAGAGACAUGAUCUUUGUGGACCUGCGGAUCUCAGCUUGAAGCACUGGUGCUGUAGUGGCAGGGAAAUACUGUGCUCUCUGUUUGUAAUAAUAUAAAUCCUCUAAUCUAUAACGUUGUAUCCCCUCUAUUUAUUUAAAGCUACAUUCCCAAUUUUUAAAAAUUGUUCUUCACCGGUCACUGGAAUUUUGAGGGUUUUCCCUGCCACACAAGCUUCACUGCUCCAUGUAUGUUGUUUAAUUUUCAGGCACUUUGAUUAGCCCCAUCACACCAGGCUCUUCGGCUCCAGAGUCCUGCCUUGUGGGACUUGAGACUUGACAGCGAUGGGUAAACUGAAACUGGUGUUCCUGAAGAGAACGUACAUUUGCCCCUUGUCCUUUUUCUCCCCUUUAUGUUUAUCCAGCUUGAUUUAUUGCUGGGGCUGUUGUCACAGGGGAACUUUGUCCCUGUACAACAGCCUCCACUUGCACAAAAUCUGCGUGACCUGGUGUGGGAUGAUUUCAGUUUCUGGUAUUUGAUGAAACCCUUGUUUAACAUGCACUUUGCCACUGCUUUCCCAGAUUGUAUUUUAGGCACAAGGUCCAAACGUGAGGGUUUGGUGCACAAAGCAAGAAAGAUACUUUCUUUGGGACACUUCUCACCAGGUAGGUGUUGGAAAUGAAAAUGUAGCUCAGCUCUCCAUCAGUGUAGCCUCCCGAUUUGAAGGCCACUGCCAAACAAACAUCAGUUGUUCAUUGACGGCAGCUUAUUGUAAAUUAAAUGUAUUUUUUUGAAAAAAAAA